CUAAUUUUGGGUAUCUAGUUUAUUCGAUAUACUCAGCUUUGAGUAAAAUCGACCCAAAAAUUAGGUAGUUUGAUUUCUCCGUGUAGGAUUCCCAAUGCUGUCAGUUUUGACGUCUAGUUCGUCAUCUACAAACGUAAACAAAGGAAAGACUCCAUCGAAAGAGUAUGGAACUGCAUGGAUGGCAGAACUUCCAACGUUCGCUUCGUACUGCACUGCUGCUGGUUCGUCGGAUCAUUUUUGCUGAUCCCGUAAUAAUCUGCAAACCUAAAUAUCGUUCCCUGGGUUAUUGUGUGUUUUGUCCGCUCCGCGUCUAGCCAGUAUUCCAAAGUAGUACCACGGUGGGACCAGCAGCCGAGACCAUCACCAAGCUGAGAAAGAUGGAAUGCGCCGUCGUCGAGGUGAAGUUUCCAGCCAGUUCUCUGGUGCCGAAAAACGAAAACGGAGCGCUCAACUUUGUGCGAAAGUAUCCCGAGUACAACGGGAAGGACGUGACGAUUGCGAUUCUGGAUUCCGGAGUGGAUCCACGGGCGAAAGGGCUUGAGAUUGUUCCCGGAGGAGACGUCAAGGUAGGCGAGCGGUUCGAUUGCUCCGGUUGUGGGGAUGGAACGAUUUUGGACCUGUCUGGUCGGGUACUGCGCCUAUCCAACGCCAUGAAGGCGAAAUGCCCCUCGGGCCAGUAUCGCGUUGGGUUGAAGAGUAUGCACGAUCUGUAUUCGCCGCGCAUCCGGGAGAAAAUUGUGGCCGACACCAAGCUGAAACCGUGGGACGAAGCGCACAAGAAAGCCCUGGCUGAAGUCAGUCCGGACGUGGCGGAUUUCGACGCAAAGAAUCCCAAUGCACAUAAUUUGUCGCUGAAGGAAAAACUGACCAAGGAGAAUCUGCACGGGACGGUGGAGUUCUUGAAUGCGUGCGAGAAGAAGUUCUGAAGAAGAUCUGAAAACCA